AUGUCCCCAUCAAAAGAAUCGUUGAAAUUCUCCAAGGAGAACACUUGUCUAAAGCUUACUUCGGAUCGUCAAUUGGUAAUAGACAGCGAGCCAAUUCCCAUCUGUGGACGAAAUGAAGUAUUGGUUCAUAUCAAAUGCACUGGUAUCUGUGGAUCAGAUAUCCAUGUUUGGAAGGCAGGUGGAAUUGGAAAUUUGCAACUUAAAUCAGAUUUGAUUCUUGGACAUGAGUGUUCUGGCGAAAUCAUUCAUAUUGGAAGUGAAGUAACCGAAGACUUUGAGAUAGGUAACAAGGUGGCUAUCGAACCUCAACUUCCUUGUGGUAUAUGCUUCCUUUGCACCAACGGUAACAUGAACUUAUGUUUGAAUGUUGACUUCAUGGGCAUGCCUGGUAUGCCCGGAAGGCUGCCUUCCAUUCAUGGAAGCAUACAGAGAUAUAAGACAUUGGAUCCAAGGUUUGUUUACAAACUUCCUGAUAAUGUGACUUACGAGGAAGGUGCUUUGGUAGAAGUUCUUUCUGUUGGUUAUCAUGGUAUCCAGAAGGCAGGUGGUUUGGAAUUGGGAAAGCCUUGUGCUAUUGCCGGUUGUGGUCCAAUUGGUUUGGCUACUUUGAUUCUUGCUGAAGCAGCUGGAGCUUACCCAAUAGUUGUAACUGAUGUCUCUCAAGAGAAAUUGAACUUUGCAAAGUCAUUGGUUCCUUCCGUAUACACUUACAAGGUUCAGACAAACUUGAGUCCAAAAGAAAGUGCAGAAAAUGUUAGAAAACUCUUCGGUAAAACUGAGUACGAAAUGCCUAGUGUAGUUUUGGAAUGCACUGGUGUUGCUUCUUCUAUCAAUACUUGUGCUUACAUUGUAAGAAGAAAGGGAUGCUUAACUAUUUUGGGAGUUUCAGGUAGAAAUGAGAUUGAUGGAUUCCCAUUCAUGCAGCUUUCAUUCGGGGAAGUCGAUGUGAGGUUUAUCAACAGAUACCAUGACUCAUGGCCACCUGUUAUUAAUUUGAUCGCAAGUGGAAAGAUUGAUGUAAAGAAAUUUGUCACUCAUACCUUCCCUCUUGAAAAAGCUCACGUCGCUCUUGAAACUGUCAGCAACCCUGCUAUCAGCACAAUCAAGGUUAUGGUUAAAGAUGAUGAAGAUUCUCUAACCUUGUAG